AAAACAUUGUUCAUAUUUAGAAAAGAAAUUUAAAGAAAAAAACACUAAGCAAAAUGAUUUUGCACUUACGGUGGCCAACGGCAAGCGGCUUCGAAUUUCACCAAUCGACGGACGGACGGACAGACGCGGGGAUCCUGGAACCGCCAUAUCUGUAAACUCAGAGACUCUUCAGACCUUCCGUGAAGAAAAACCCUAAACUCAUCGGAGUUGAAGUUAAAUCAAUGGAGGCGUCGCCGGCGUCUUCUGAGGGUUCCUCGCGAGAGGUUCAAUGCAUCGGAAAACUGGAAAUAGUGAGGCCAAAACCUGCCAGUGGGUUUCUCUGCGGCUCUAUCCCUGUUCCCACUGAUAAGGAAUUCCACGCCUUCUAUUCUGCUCUAGUUCCUUCGCGCCAAACCGUGACAGCUCCGAGGUAUCGAGUGCUUCCGACCGAGACAGAUCUCAAUUUACCUCCACUUCCUUCAAACUCCCAUGAGAAGAUUCUCCCGAUUGGGGCACUCCAGUCGAAGGACGCCGGAGAUUUACCUUGGGACGGGGGUGCUGUUGCUUCAAAUCUUACCAGAAAAUGUGAAGCUCUUGCUGUGUCUGGUUUGGUUGAAUAUGGCGAUGAGAUAGAUGUGAUAGCUCCAGCUGACAUUCUUAAGCAGAUCUUUAAAAUGCCUUAUUCAAAGGCCCGGUUAUCCAUUGUUGUUUAUCGCAUUGGACAAGCGCUUGUUCUGAGUACAGGGCCUGAUGUUGAAGAGGGAGAAAAGCUGGUUAGGAGGCAUAAAAAUCAAUCUAAGUGUGCAGAACAAUCUUUACUUUUGAAUUUUGCCAUGCAUUCAGUUAGAAUGGAGGCUUGUGAUUGUCCUCCAACUCAUCAUGCUACAACAGAGAAGCAAUCUAAGUCAUCUGUUCUUCCUGGAGGAAGUACGUCUCAGGUCCUGGAGCAGACUGACGGUGUUUCACCAAAGGAUUUGAAUUCGUGUGCCCAAUAUAAGGAAGUUAAACAAGAUGCCUUCUUUUGGGGAAGUAAGAAGGGUAAAAGAAGUAAGAAGCAUGAUCCCGUCAAAAAGGUUUCAGAAGUUGGUGGAAAGCCUAGGUGCUCGAAUCAAGAGUCUGAAAAGCAUAGAAGUGUUGGUGAUGAUGAAUUUCUAAGGGUUCUGUUUUGGCAAUUUUAUAAUUUCCGUAUGCUUAUUGGUAGUGACCUGCUUCUGUUCAGUAAUGAAAAGUAUGUUGCUGUGAGUUUGCAUUUAUGGGAUAUUACCCGACAGGUCACUCCACUUACUUGGCUUGAAGCUUGGCUUGACAAUGUCAUGGCAAGUGUUCCUGAAUUAGCCAUUUGUUAUCAUGAAAAUGGUGUUGUUCAGGGAUACGAGCUUCUGAAGACGGAUGAUAUAUUCCUAUUAAAAGGGGUCUCUGAUGACGGUACUCCUGCUUUUCAUCCUUAUGUGGUACAACAAAAUGGCCUUUCUGUCUUGAGAUUUCUCCAAGAAAACUGCAAACAAGAUCCUGGGGCUUAUUGGCUUUAUAAAGGUGCAGGUGAAGAUGGGAUUCAACUUUUUGAUCUUUCUCUAAUUCCCAAGAACCAUUCCUCCAGUGAUUUCGAUGAUAACUCAAAUUCCUUACCCUCGAUGCUAUAUAGAGGGAGAUGUGACUCCUUAUUUUCAUUUGGAACACUUCUCUACCGUAUAGCUCACCGUCUCUCACUUUCUAUGAAUCCAACUAACAAGGCCAAAUGUGCGAGGUUUUUUAAGAAGUGUUUGGAUUUUCUUGAUGAGCCUGAUCAUUUGGUGGUUCGUGCAUUUGCUCAUGAACAGUUUGCAAGGCUCAUUUUAAACUAUGACGAAGAUUUAGAUUUAACAUUAGAUUCUCCUCCACUGGGAUGUGAAGUUGAAGUUGUGGACGCUGAAGAAGAAGAGUCGUUGAACUUUUUAAGCAGUACAUCUGAAACGGGUAAGUAUGAAGGUUCCUCCUCCCUUGUAGAAGAAGACAAACUUGGGGAAGGUGAUUCACAUCAUCAAAAUUUGUUGUCAGAAGUUUCUUCAUCAAUAACAUCAGAAGCCUAUGUAUCUUCUCCAAGAAUGAUAUCGUUGAGAGAUCAACAAGGGAUAGAACCACCGGUGGCAGCAGAAAAUUCCCAAGAUGAGGAAAGCUUUGCUGUCUGUAAAGUUUCUCCAACUGCCUCACAUGUAGUUCAGACUGUUGCUGAUCCAAUAUCUUCAAAGUUAGCUGCAAUACAUCAUAUUUCUCAAGCUAUCAAGUCUCUUAGAUGGAUGCGCCAGCUACAAAGCUCAGAACCAAAGAUGGACCAUAUUGGUGCAGUGCACGAUAGUCUACCUUCUUCUGUUAAUAUCUCUGUCUGUGCAUGUGGUGAUGUUGACUGUAUUGAAGUCUGUGACCUUCGUGAAUGGCUUCCAAAAUCAAAAUUGGACCAUAGAUUAUGGAAAUUGGUUCUUUUGCUUGGAGAGUCUUAUUUAGCUCUUGGCCAAGCAUAUAAGGAGGACGGCCAGCUGCAUCAGUCCUUAAAAGUUGUAGAAUUGGCAUGUCUUGUUUAUGGAUCUAUGCCCCAGGAACUUGAAGAGACUAGAUUCAUUUCCUCAAUGGUUGGCACCCCACUUUUGCAGAAUAAAUUGAAUGAUAAAGAUGUAAAGUUGAGAUCAUUUAAUCAAGAUCUGAAAGAAGUUGAUUUGCAAUGUGAUGACUUAUCAUUGGAUCAUUAUUCUUCCACUUAUCUGUUUUGGGCCAAGACAUGGACAUUAGUUGGAGAUGUAUAUGUGGAGUUCCAUGCUAUAUACGGUAGAGAAACCUCUGAAAAAGCAGAGAAGAACUUUUCCACAAGAGAAUUGAAGAUCUCAUCUGAAGUUGUGAAAGAAGUUAAUAGGCUCAAGAAGAAGCUUGGGCAAUUUAAAAAUUGCAGUGCUUGCUCCUUGGUAAAUUGCAGCUGCCAGAGUGAUAGGGCAAACAGUGGAAGCAGUGCUAGCAGUAGUAGGGGGGAAUCAAUUGUCUACAGCAGAAAACACAAUAAAAAGACCCAUUUUAAGACUUCGACUGCCCACUCAGUCUCAGGAGACCGUGAACAUGAUUAUAAUUGUACAAAGAUUGAUGAUGGAAUGGGCUCUAACCGUCGACAUAUAGAGCCAAAAAGGAAUGCUCGAAUCCCAGUAGGAACUUGCAAUAUGGUUGAUUCUGGGACAAAACUCUCGGUGGGUUAUUCUGAAGAGGUGGGUAAUUGUGAGGUGGAGGAUAAUGUGGAGACUUGCGGUCAUGUUCAUAGUUCGACCUCUCAAUCUCAUGUGAAUUCUAAGGAAUCUCAGAAAGUUAAAACUGGUGGAAUAUUUAAGUAUCUUGGGGGUCCUGUUUUUAGAGGAUCAGAAUGCAAUUUGACUGCAGCCCUGAGUUGCUAUGAAGAAGCUAGAAAGGCGUUAGGGCAACUCCCAGCUGGAUCCGUUGAACUGCAAUCAGUUAUGAGAAAAAAGGGUUGGGUUUGCAAUGAACUAGGUCGAUGGAGACUUGAAAGAAAGGAGCUGAAGAAAGCUGAAAUGGCAUUUAUAGGUGCUAUUGAUGCAUUUAGAGCUGUUUCUGAUCAUACGAACAUCAUACUAAUUAACUGCAAUUUGGGUCACGGGAGGCGAGCAUUAGCUGAGGAGAUAGUAUCCAAAAUUGAAGAUCUAAAAGUACAUGGAAUUGUACAGAAUGCAUAUUAUCAAGCAUUGGAGACUGCCGAACUUGAAUAUACUGAAUCGCUAAGAUAUUACGGGGCAGCAAAAAAUGAACUGAAUGGUGUUGCUGAAGAUUCUACUGAUGUGCCCAGCAACCUGAGGACUGAGGUUCACACACAGCUUGCUCACACGUAUCUAAGGCUUGGUAUGCUUUUGGCAAGGCUAGAUAUAAACGAGGUACAUGAUAUUGAAACAUUGGAAGAUGUUGGGUCAUUUCACACAAAUUCUAACAAUAGAGGAGCUAAGAAAGGAUUGAAGAAAAAGCAUAAGAUUUCAGCAAAUGAUGCCAUUAGGGAGGCACUAUCAAUAUAUGAAUCUCUGGGUGACAUGCGUAAACAGGAAGCUGCAUAUGCUUAUUUCCAACUAGCUUGUUAUCAAAAGAAUUGUUCUUUGAAGUAUUUGGAGUCGGAUGGCUGGAAAAAGAGCUUGUCUAAAGAUGAUAACGCCAUUCUCCAACGGGUAAAGCAGUAUGCUUCCUUGGCUGAGAGGAACUGGCAGAGAGCCUUGGAGUUCUAUGGCCCUAAAACACAUCCCACGAUGUUUCUGACCAUUUUGGUUGAACGAUCAGCUCUUUCAUUAAGCCUGUCGAUCUCGUUACACUCGAAUGCGAUGCUAGAACUGGCAUUGUCUCGCAUGCUUGAAGGACGACACGUUUCCGAUACUGAUGCAGAUUCUCUAAAAACGAAGUACUCCGAGAUACAUUCAAAAUUUUGGAAUCAUUUACAAAUUCUAUUGAAGAAAAUGGUGGGAAUGACACUUCCAACGAGUUCAGGAAAAUCUUCUGCAUCUCAACCUCAUAUGACACCCAACAGAUCUGGUGAAGCCUCAAGGUUGAGGGAGCUCUACAAAAUGUCUUUGAAGUCCAAUGACCUCCGAGAGCUGCAAAAGAUGCAUACCAUGUGGACUUCAAAACUGGAAUGUUGACCGAAUAAUCGUGUGUAUAUAUAUGUUCAUAAUGAAGAAAGAAGAGAACAUUGACUUUUGUCAAACUUUUCGUGUACCGUUUUGUUGUGCUUUUCUGAUGAAUUGCUUUUGAAUUUUUCUUUUUCUUACAGCAAACUGAUACCAAAACGUUGAGUAACACAAACGUGGAAAUGACAUUUGGCAUCAUUGGGAAGGAUCGAUCCCAUCCGGUUUAUGUCGUAAUCCAUAAAGUGGGACCUACUGUGAAGUGUAUCUUUUCCCUGUGAGUACUGUUUGAACCGAGAGGAUCGUAUUAAACAAGAAUGAUGGACGCAUGGCGGAGUACGUUACCAGCGGCAAGGGCCUUAUUGUUCCUCGUCGUGUCUUUCUUUACCAUUUCCAUAUCCUCCGCCAUGGCUGAGACCGAUGAAACUUCUUCAACCGUUUCCAUCGCUUCUUCGGCGCCGUCUUCACGGCCUGCAGUUCACAUCGUGUACACCGAAAGUCCUCGGGAUGAGGACCCCAAGGAUUUCCAUAUCCGAACCCUAGCCUCUGCUCUCGGCAGUCAGGAAGCUGCGAAGGAUGCGCUUAUUUACAGUUACAAAACGGCUGUUAGUGGAUUCUCUGCAAAGCUCACUCCCGACCAGGUUUCUCGAGUUUCCCAACAACCAGGCGUUCUACAGGUUGUUCCAGACAGCCAGGUUGGGUUGCACCGUUAGAGGAUGCUGUAGCCUCCCUUGAAGUUGGGUGAAGAUGGCGUCAUAAUGAGUGAGUUUCAUCUUCUGUAAACUCAGUUAAAGUUUUUUAGAUUGCAACACUUGAAUUGUUGUUUGUCAAGGCUGAAUAUUAUCUCCAUGUUGAUACCCAACACUCAACUCUGUAAAAAGAUCUAGACUUCAAGAUGCAAGUUUCUAUA